ACACGCUGCAGUUUUCCACAAGUUCAUCAAACAACCGCAGUAAGAAUAUUUCAUCAAGCACGGUGAGUAAUGGCUUCUCCUACAAUUGUUAUUUGCACCUCUUGCCACAUGUACAGUUUAUCUAUCUCUGUCGCUGAUGAGGGAUUCACAUGUGAUAAAUGCAGGGAAACAGUUAGGCUGACAGAGAAGAUUUCAGAAUUAGAGACACGCAUCCAAACUUUAAUUGAGGACAGUAAGAAUGUUAGGGAUCUAGAUAUGGCUUUGGAUGCGUCUAGCUCAGGGAUUCCUGUACAUUGUCCGGUUCCAGCAGAGCCCCUGCAGCAGGGCAACUGGGUGACGGUGAGGCAGCGUAGUCGUGGGUCAAAACACCGCUCUUCUGUUCCGAUCAAAACAUUAAACAGGUUCUCCCCACUCAGUGAUGCACCCACUGAGAAACCUGAUGAAAGUGCUCUAGUUAUUGGUGAUUCUAUUGUACGGAACGUGAAUAUAAAGACACCAGCCACCAUAGUCAAAUGUUUACCGGGAGCCAGAGCGCCUGACAUCUUGGCAAAUUUAAAAGUGCUGGCUAAUGCUAAACGUAAAUACAGUAAGAUUGUUAUUCAUGCCGGCGCUAAUGAUGUUCGACUUCGCCAGUCGGAGAUCACUAAAAAUAACUUUAAAGAGGUGUGUGAACUUGCAAGCACGAUGUCAGACACUGUAAUAUGCUCUGGUCCCCUCCCUGUUUACCGUGGUGACGAGAUGCAUAGCAGAUUGUCAUCACUCAAUGGCUGGAUGUCUAAGUGGUGCCCACAGAAUAACAUAGGUUAUAUAGACAAUUGGACGAGCUUUUGGGGCAGACCUGACCUGUUUAAAAGAGAUGGUCUUCAUCCCUCAUGGGGUGGCGCCACUCUUCUGUCUAGAAAUAUGGCAAAUAGUCUUAGUGUUUAUACUUGACUAACUGGGGCCCAGGUCAGGAAGCAGACAGACUGGCUAAACCGACCGUCUGCUAGCUGCCUCCCGUCACAGAGGUCAGUUAAUUCUCAGCACAUAGAGACUCUUUCACCUAGAUAUCACACUAUAGAGACUGUGUCUGUUCCACGAACUAGAAAAUACAAAAAACGUCCAAACCAAGUUAAGGUUAACAAUUUAAUUGAGGUUCAACGAAUAAAAAACAAAUGCAAUAUGGAUAAACAAAUGAUAAAGAUUGGCUUAUUGAAUAUCAGAUCCAUUUCUACGAAAACACUUUUUGUAAAUAAUAUGAUAACUGAUCAUAAUAUAGAUGUGCUCUGCUUGACAGAAACCUGGCUAAAACCUGAUGAUUACAUUAUUUUAAAUGAGUCCACCCCCCAAGAUUAUUGUUAUAAACACGAGCCGCGUCUAAAAGGCAAAGGGGGAGGAGUUGCUUCAAUUUAUAAUAACGUUUUCAGAAUUUCUCAGAGGGCAGGCUUCAAGUAUAACUCGUUUGAAGUAAUGGUGCUUCAUAUAACAUUAUCCAGAGAAACCAAUGUUAAUGAUAAAUCCCCUGUUAUGUUUGUACUGGAUACUGUAUACAGGCCACCAGGGCACCAUACAGACUUUAUUAAAGAGUUUGGUGAUUUUACAUCCGAGUUAGUUCUGGCUGCAGAUAAAGUCUUAAUAGUUGGUGAUUUUAAUAUCCAUGUCGAUAAUGAAAAAGAUGUAUUGGGAUCAGCAUUUAUAGACAUUCUGAACUCUAUUGGUGUUAGACAACACGUUUCAGGACCUACUCAUUGUCGAAAUCAUACUCUAGAUUUAAUACUGUCACAUGGAAUUGAUGUUGAUAGUGUUGAAAUUAUGCAGCCAAGUGAUGAUAUCUCAGAUCAUUAUUUAGUUCUGUGUAAACUUCAUAUAGCCAAAAUUGUAAAUUCUACUUCUUGUUACAAGUAUCGAAGAACCAUCACUUCUACCACAAAAGACUGCUUUUUAAGUUAUCUUCCUGAUGUAUCCGAAUUCCUUAGCAUAUCCAAAACCUCAGAACAACUUGAUGAUGUAACAGAAACUAUGGACUCUCUCUUUUCUAGCACUUUAAAUACAGUUGCUCCUUUACGCUUAAGAAAGGUUAAGGAAAACAGUUUGACACCAUGGUAUAAUGAGCAUACGCGCACCCUAAAGAGAGCAGCCCGAAAAAUGGAGCGCAGCUGGAGGAAAACAAAACUAGAGGUAUUUCGUAUUGCUUGGCGGGAAAGUAGCAUAUCCUACAGAAAAGCAUUAAAAACUGCUAGAUCUGAUUACUUUUCUUCUCUUUUAGAAGAAAACAAACAUAACCCCAGGUAUUUAUUCAAUACAGUGGCUAAAUUAACGAAAAAUAAAGCCUCAACAAGUGUUGACAUUUCCCAACACCACAGCAGUAAUGACUUUAUGAACUACUUUACUUCUAAAAUCGAUAUUAUUAGAGAUAAAAUUGCAACCAUUCAGCCGUCAGCUACAGUUUCGCAUCAGACAGUGCACUAUAGACCCCCUGAGGAACAGUUCCACUCAUUCUCUACUAUAUGAGAGGAAGAAUUGUAUAAACUUGUUAAAUCAUCUAAACUUACAACAUGUAUGUUAGACCCUAUACCAUCUAAGCUCUUAAAAGAGGUGCUUCCAGAAGUCAUAGGUCCUCUUCUGACUAUUAUUAAUUCCUCAUUGUCAUUAGGAUAUGUCCCCAAAACCUUCAAACUGGCUGUUAUUAAGCCUCUCAUAAAAAAGCCACAACUUGACCCCAGAGAACUAGUUAAUUAUAGACCAAUCUCGAAUCUCCCUUUUCUGUCCAAGAUACUAGAAAAGGUGGUAUCCUCACAAUUAUAUUCCUUCUUAGAGAAUAAUGGUAUAUGUGAGGAUUUCCAUUCAGGAUUUAGACCGUAUCAUAGUACUGAAACUGCUCUCCUUAGAGUUACAAAUGAUCUGCUCUUAUCAUCUGAUCGUGGGUGUAUCUCUCUAUUAGUUUUAUUGGAUCUUAGUGCUGCGUUUGACACAAUUGACCACAACAUUCUUUUGCAUAGACUUGAACACUUUGUUGGCAUCAGUGGAAGUGCAUUAGCAUGGUUUAAAUCGUACUUAUAUGACCGCCAUCAGUUCGUAGCAGUGAAUGAAGAUGUAUCAUAUCGAUCACAAGUGCAGUAUGGAGUACCUCAAGGCUCAGUUCUAGGGCCGCUACUCUUCACGCUUUAUAUGUUACCCUUGGGAGAUAUCAUCAGGAAACAUGGUGUUAGCUUUCACUGUUAUGCUGAUGAUACGCAGCUCUAUAUUUCCUUUUAGCCCGGUGAAACACACCAAUUUGAAAAACUAAUGGAAUGCAUAGUCGAUAUAAAAAAUUGGAUGACGAGUAAUUUCUUACUGCUAAAUUCAGAAAAAACAGAGGUGUUAAUCAUAGGGCCUAAAAACUCUACUUGUAAUAACCUAGAACACUGUCUAAGACU